GUUUUGCUGCUUUAAAUAUUGUGCUACUCUCCUCUAGAUGGCGCUAUGUAAUUGUAAGAUAAAGUUACUUCUACUUUCUUGUAUAUUAUUGGGUUGGUGAAAAGUUACUUUUUUUAUUGUUAAUGGUUCUGUAUUGAAAAUUGGCUGUUUUAUAAAUUCAUAUUGACAUGUACCAAUUUGGUAAAAUUUAUGAUUCAAUGCUAAAUUCGGACUGAAAACUUCACUAUUCAUUUCGACUUGACAUUGAUAGAUUCUUCUGACGUUAUAAGUUUUAGGUUAUUUUUUUAUUAUGACAAAAUUACAGUGAAUAAAACUAAAAUAUUUUAAUUAAAAUGUAUCCGUGAACUAUUUAUCAGUAUUCUUUUUUACCAUGGACCAACUAUACGCGCUCGGGAUAUCUUGUAUCGAGUUUAUUCAAGACUGGUUUGCGGACUCAGAGGACUACUUCGAACUGGUGAACAACUUGUCCAAUCCCCACUAUGUUUUGGAGUACCUCUUCCCUCUGUUGUCAAUACUGGACUCGGUGUUUGCCUCACAGCUGCUUUUGUGCAUGUCUUUCGGGGGGUGGCUGAAUGCUGUUAUGAAAUGGUGGUUGCUAGAAGACCGCCCUUACUGGUGGGUGCGCGAGACGUCGUUCUACGCGGCGUCACAGCGGCCUCAGUUACGUCAGACCGGUCAGACCUGCGAGACGGGCCCCGGAAGCCCCUCCGGUCAUACAACCACGGCUGCUUCGCUGCUACUAUUAACCGCUAUGUGGAUAGCUCACGUUAUGAACGAUAGAAAGUGCUACGUAUGGUGGUGGAAGUUCGUGGCGUACCCGCUGUUCGCGUUCGCGCUCGGCUCGGUGAUGCUCGCGCGAAUGUUCGUCGCCACACAUUUCCCACACCAGUGCGUUGUGGGCGCGCUAGUUGGUUCAUUCCUUGCCCCUGCUUUGUGCAUCUACGUAUCGGACCCCUACAUCUGGGGCUACGGCCUCCACUCGGCAGGGGACACAAAAAGGGCCAUAUUCUGGCACGUUUUCUCAGCGGUAGUGACGGUUCUAAUCAGUGUUGUCACAUACGGUAGUUUGGUACUGUGCGGCAUGGACCCACAUUUUACGGUGAAAUUGGCGUUCCGUUGGUGUCAGUACCCAGACUCUAUAAGAGUGUCGACAACGCCAAUGUUCGCGUUGGUACAAUCCACCGCGUCCCUACUGGGCUGGGCGCUUUGCGUCACACCCGCAGUCGCUAAGUACCGUCACUAUUCUAAAGACAGGUCGCUGUUAAUAUCAGCUUUUGCAACAACAAUACUGUUAUUGACCGCUCGAUGUACAGAAGAUAACAUACCCAAAGAAAGUGUUUGGAAAUUUUACGUGUCGCAUUUUGUGUUGAGCACCAUAAGACCGUUCUUGUUUUUAAAGUUAUCACCAGCUUUGUCUAUGUGGCCUUAUAAGAGUACGAUAAAACAGAAAAAAGAAUGAAUAAAUUUAUAAUUAAUGUAGUGAAUAAAAAAAUGAAAAUGGCGUCAAUUUAAUUAAAAAAAAAAAGAAUUCGUAAAAAAUGUGGCUUACAAAUUUACUGAUUGCCUAGUUAGUUAAACGCCUUUUUUUAUUUCAUUUUCAGUGAUAGUACUUCGGCACUGUCGUGAUGUAUAUUAAUAUUGCUUUUGGAGAUAUAUUAUCUCGAAAUGUCGCAUGACCUCACGUUUUGGUACAUUUUUUACUGAGAAGUGACGUCACGAGCCCCCACUCCUGAACUGUGACCCCCUUUAUUUUUUUAAUUUUUUAGUUGAUUGCCAAAAGAAAAUUUGACAUAAUUCUUUAAUAAUCUAACAUACGGACUAAACAGACUAUUUUAUUUACCACGUCGUCACCUAUUUUGUGCGUGUAACACUCGAUUCAUUUUCUAAUUGUGUCUUUGCUAAAAUUAAUGUCACAAAAAGGAACACAUAAAAUUAAGUACCUAUAGUUGUCGAUUUCGGCAUGAUUCUCUCAACUUAAAACUAAAUGUAACAUCAGUCUCUCCUUUUCAUUCUGUACAGACUGGGACAAGAAUACACUUUUGUCAAAUUUAAGAUUGGGUUUAGAGAAUCAUGCCAGAAUCGACACCAUAAGCAUUGUGCAGAAUUAUCUGAGGCCCAAGCACAAACGUUGACAGAUCCGCGUAAUCUGAUCAUCAUCGUCAAAAUGUUUAUGGAAUAAACCUGCCCCUCUAGCAUGACCACCGAAACGGGAUAUGAUAAAGCAAUAUAUCGGCAUUAACUGUCAGACUACUGUCAAACUCCACUGUAGUCUGACAGUUAAUGCCGAUAUAUCGCUUUAUCAUAUCCCGUUUCGGUGGUCAUGCUAGAGGGGCAGGGGGCCAACCGCCUAACGAGAUUGCAAUGGCUAACGCUAUAGCUAACGAUUUCAUUUUCUUAUGCCAUGCCGCGCGCAUGUUUUUUCUUUUGCAUUGGUAAUAAUAAUAUUAAAGGAAAUGAGCAUAUGUAUUUGAAAACCCUCGGGGGUCAGAAAUAACAAAAUGAAAUCGUAAGCGAUAGCGAUGGCAAUCCCGUUAGGCAAUUGAGCCCCAGUUUGUCCUUACGUCCGUUAGGGGCGCUGCUUAGUUUUCAUAGAAACUGACGAUGCGAUACGCUUACAGAGGUGCCACAGUUUACGCUUGCCUCUAACUCUGCGUUAGUGAAAUUUUUACUGUCGCUUUGAAACGACUUAGAAAAUACGAGUAUGAAACUUAUACCAGUGAAAUUAAUUAAUUCUCGUAAAGUAGGUAGAUUUGAUUUUGUAUAUUAAUUGUUGUUAUUCUCAUUGAGAAUCAGUGUUGUUUGUAUGAUUGUACUCCUACUAUUUAUUAACAGUUUUGUGAAGUCUUAUUUUAUUUUACAAUGCCAUUAUUCUAUCUCUUUCAUCGAACUGGAAUAUGGUAGUCCAGUGUGACCUAUAUUAUGGGGCUUAUAAGGGAUAAAUAGUUUUUCAUGUGAAUGCUAUUAUGGAUAGCUUUAUUUACGGGUGAUUUGUUUUUAUAAAUAAGCACUGUGAUAUAUCGAAGUUACUAUUAUUUUAGAGCAAUAUUAUUGUAUCUGAAUUUUUAUUUUAUUUGAAAUACCUACUAUUAUUUAUACUGUAAAAAUUUGUCCAACAAAUACUAUAUAAAGUAAGGCCAACGAGAAGAGAUACAAAGUGUAAACAAAGUCGAUGAAAGGUCAUUGAUCAAUGCAGAGGUUGGCAAAUAUUUUAUUUUUGUUAAAUGGGCGCCGGAAUGUUGUGGUGAAUGGCGCCUCGGCGUGGACAGGACACGUGACUUGAUAGAACGAGACCUAAUGUUAAAUAUAUGAGAUGAUAGUUUUAGACUGCCAGUCCCAUAGUCUCGUCUAAGGUGUACUUUUGUAUCGCUUCUCGUUGGCCGUCUUUAUUGUUUACUACCAGCACACCAAAUAAUGUUAUAGCAAUGAAAUUAGCUUUAAUUAAAGAAGAAAACUGUUGAUUUGUUGUUUUAUUUCGACAAAGUCCACAUUAGUUAUUGACGAAAUUAACGUAAAAUUUUAGAAUAUUUCUAGAACAUCCUCCCUUGUUACGUAAGCCGUGCUUUCUGUCUUGGACACCCAAUCACUUCUAGUUAAGUUUGUUUGACUGUAUAAAGGAAUUUCUUUUGCAUGGAAAAUGCUAAUAAUAUUUUUGGCCUUCUUCGUAGUCGUCUGCUUCUCAUUCAAAACACGGUCUUUUUGCUCGACGUUGUAAAUGUCGCCAAUUACGUCUGCCGCCACAUUAUCUGUGGUCAAUUUGGACAGCUGCCUCGUUUUCCCGCCCAUUUUCAAUUUCUUAAACUUCACCCAUUCCAUUUUGGAUGUGUUCACGGUUCUCGAGGCAGAUACUUUGCUGGACUUCGAUGACUUGUUGCUUAUGUAGUUUGGAGAUGUACUGCGGGUUCGCGCGCCAAAGACUUGCUUAGUCGGUAGAUGUUUCGUCGCUGGCUUGCAACGUUUAAUACGGUUUGAUUUACUGAGUCUUCUGAACGCAUUGCUAUGGCGAGACUGUUUCGACAUCACCGCUAUUUUGUCCAAUGGGAAACAACACAUCACUUUGCUACAAAUCAUCACUCGCAACAAGAAACUCUUAAUGAUUUUAAAAAAGAACGCACUGUCGUCGGACAUUUUGUUUUAAGGAUUUUUUCACAUUAUUUAUUUGAAAAGUUUCACGUACAGACAUUUUGAUAAUCAACGUUGGGUUUGACGUAAAAGUUUGACAAACCGGAGUGAAUGUU